GCGGCGGCGGCAGCGGCAGCGGCAGGGGGGGCUUUGCUUGUCAGAGUCUCCAGAAAAGAAAAGAGGAGUGUAUUUCAGAAAGUGAAAAUCAGAGGAAUUAACUGCUGACAUAGGAAAACUAUACUAAGGAACAUUUUUUGAGGAAAAUUUUUAAGAUGUGGUGAAGAGCCUGUAUUUUCCCCUGUGUGGUAUAUUGUGCCUUAAAAAAUGGGGUUUGGAGGUGAUCUGAAGUAUUCUCAUGAUGCUUUAUUAAAACUUCAAGACUGGGAACUGCGACUGCUGGAAACGGUGAAGAAAUUUAUGGUAAUGCGAGUAAAAAGUGACAAGGAAUAUGCCUCCACUUUACAGAAUCUUUGCAAUCAAGUAGAUAAAGAGAGCACCUGUCAAUUGGAUUAUAUCAGCAAUGUGUCCAAGUCUUGGUUGCUCGUGGUACAACAAACAGAACAGCUGAGCAAAAUAAUGAAGACACAUGCAGAGGAUCUUAAUUCUGGGCCUUUGCAUAGGCUUACAAUGAUGAUCAAAGAUAAGCAGCAAGUUAAGAAGAGUUUCGUGGGUGUUCACCAACAAAUUGAAGCAGAGAUGUACAAGGUCACAAAGACAGAACUAGAGAAACUAAAAUCUAGCUAUAGACAACUAAUAAAAGAAGUAAAUUCUGCCAAAGAAAAGUAUAAAGAAGCUGUGGCUAAAGGAAAGGAGACUGAGAAAGCCAAAGAUCGGUGUGAAAAAGCCACUAUGAAGCUUCAUAUGUUGCAUAAUCAGUAUGUGUUGGCACUGAAAGGAGCACAAUUACAUCAGCACCAGUAUUAUGAUACUACGCUUCCUCUGUUACUUGAUUCACUACAGAAGAUGCAAGAAGAAAUGAUUAAAGCCCUAAAAGGGAUCUUGGAUGAGUAUAGCGAGAUCACCAGUCUUGUAACAGAAGAGAUUGUGAAUGUCCAUAGAGAGAUCCAGACUUCAGUUGAACAGAUAGACCCUAACUCUGAGUAUAACGACUUCAUAGAUACUCACAGGUCAUCAGAAGUUGUUGAACAAGAAAUAGAGUUUGAUACAUCAUUACUAGAAGAAAAUGAAAACCUUCAAGCUAAUGAGAUCAUGUGGAAUAAUUUAACAGCAGAAAGUUUACAAGUCAUGUUAAAAACAGUAAUAGAAGAACUGAUGCAAACACAGCAAACCCUUUUGAGCAAAGAGGAACUUGUGUUGGAACUAGAGAAAAAAAUAGAGGAGUCCUCUAAAACUUGUGAAAAGAAGUCUGACAUUGUACUCUUGCUGAGCCAAAAGCAAGCACUUGAAGAACUUAAGCAAACAGUUCAGCAAUUAAGAUGCUCUGAGGCAAAAUUUGCAGCCCAGAAAGAACUACUGGAACAAAAGGUUCAAGAGAAUGAUGGGAAAGAGCCGCCACCUGUAGUGAAUUAUGAAGAAGAUGCAAGAUCAGUGACUUCUAUGGAUAAGAAGGACAAAGUCUCAAGAUUUGACACCAUACGUCAUUCCAUAGCGGGAAUUAUAAGGUCUCCAAAAUCCAUGUUGGGCUCAUCAUCGUUCUUUGAUGUAAUCUCAACCACUGAGAAACCAUUGUCUGAGCAAGACUGGUAUCAUGGUGCAAUUCCAAGAAUAGAAGCCCAGGAGCUAUUAAAACAGCAAGGAGACUUCUUGGUGCGAGAGAGCCACGGGAAACCUGGUGAAUAUGUCCUUUCUGUGUUUUCAGAUGGACAACGGAGACACUUUAUCAUACAAUAUGCUGAUAAUCAAUAUCGUUUUGAAGGAACUGGUUUUCCAACUAUUCCUCAGCUCAUAGAACAUCAUUACACAACAAAGCAAGUCAUUACAAAGAAAUCAGGUGUUGUUCUGCUGAAUCCUGUUGUUAAGGAUAAGAAAUGGGUUCUCAAUCAUGAAGAUGUCACACUGGGGGAAUUACUGGGCAAAGGUAAUUUUGGUGAAGUGUAUAAAGGAACAUUAAAGGAUAAAACUCCUGUUGCUGUGAAAACUUGCAAAGAAGAUCUUCCUCAGGAACUGAAAAUAAAAUUUCUGUCAGAAGCCAGAAUACUCAAACAAUAUGAUCAUCCUAAUAUUGUAAAACUUAUAGGAGUUUGCACACAACGACAACCUAUUUAUAUCGUUAUGGAGCUCAUUCCAGGAGGUGAUUUCCUGUCAUUUUUAAGAAAAAAGAAGGAUGAGCUAAAAACCAAACAGUUGGUGAAAUUUUCAUUAGAUGCUGCCUCUGGUAUGGCUUAUCUCGAAUCUAAGAAUUGUAUACAUAGAGACCUGGCUGCAAGGAACUGCUUGGUAGGUGAGAGCAACAUCUUGAAAAUAAGUGAUUUUGGAAUGUCCCGGCAGGAGGAUGAUGGCGUGUACUCAUCAUCAGGCCUAAAGCAGAUUCCUAUCAAGUGGACUGCUCCAGAAGCUCUGAACUAUGGGAGAUACACAUCUGAGAGUGAUGUAUGGAGCUUUGGAAUCCUUUUGUGGGAGACAUUCAGUUUAGGAGUAUGUCCAUACCCUGGAAUGACCAAUCAACAAGCACGAGAACAAGUUGAGAAAGGCUACCGAAUGUCUGCACCACAAAAAUGUCCUGAAGAAAUAUACAAAAUAAUGCAGAGGUGCUGGGACUACAAGCCAGAAAACCGGCCAAAAUUCAGUGAGAUUCAGAAAGAGCUAUCUUCAAUCAAAAAGAAAGUGACAUAGUGACAAACAAGUGCCAAACUCAAUGUGUGGGACUUUAUUUUCCAGUGAAGUAAUUUUUCCCUUCAAACACCAUGCAUUUAUCCAACAUUAUUUGCAAUAUUCUUCUAGGAUUACUUUGAAAUUAACUGUUUUUUUAAUAUACAUGUGUACCAUCUUGAGUGAUGUCUACACCUGCAUUAAAGAUACAUACUGCGAAAUGCUAUAUAUCCAGUUACAGUAAUACUGUAAUUUAGGUUACAUGUACAUAGGAAAGCACAUACUAUAAAUUUAAGGGACUGUGGCUUCUAUCUGUUUUACAGCAAGUAACUGCUAGUGACAUUUUUUAGAGUUUUUCUACCUUAAGCUGUGUUCUCACUCUGCUGUCCCUGUCCUGUAUGUCAUCACUCUAAUGUAGUGACUGCCAUACAUGUUGGCCUUAUAACUGAAGACAGUUUUGACAAGUAUUCCAACCAGAAAUUUUUAUAUAUUUUAAAAUUCUUUCUGCAGCUGAUAUUUUGAAGUGAUACUUGGUUUUAAGGAUGAAGGUCAGUCAGAUUCUGGAUGCAGAUGUGCUUACUGAACAGUAAAAUCCAGAAUUUUCUCUGUACAGAUUGAAUUACUUGUGCAUUUAUUACCAUACUACAGAAAUACUUCUAACUUUUUACGUGAUUUACUUAAGCCAUGCCUUUUUUUCUCUUCCUACGAUGCCAUCAGAAUUCAUUAAUAUGUCUCUUAUACAGUGACCUAUGUUUCCUUAAGAAACAAAAGACCAAUAUUAAGUCUUAAUGACAUAUGUUAAGAAAUACUCCAAAUCAUCUGCCUUUCAAAGAAUAUGUAAAGCAGUAGGCCAAGAAAAAGAGGUUUACCAAUGAUAACAGCAGAUAAAAAGUGUCAUUGAUCUUAGAGGAGUUAAAGAAUUUUCCUAGAUUUCCUUUUCAAUUCUUAUUUUUUCCCUUAAAUUGGUAAAAAUUCUCAGAAUGCAGCUGGAGCCUGCAAAAGAUUAUGUUAAACAAAAGUACAUUCCAUCACAGUGUCCAAAGCAAAAUACUACUUUGUAUGGCAUGAGGAAGUUGUUCAAGCAACCAAAAGUAAAGAACACGUUUAAAGCCUCUGAUAGGCUGGGAACAGCAGAGUAGAAAUACUAACUUUCUAUUUUUCUUACAUAAUUGCAAUCAUAUUUCAAAAGAUUGGGGAUAAACAAGGUUUAAAUUCACCAGGAAUUAAAACCUUGUGUUUGUGUGCGUGUGUGUGUAUAUAUAUAUAUAUAUAUGUAUUAAAAAAAAAAAAGGCCAGAAAGAAUAAAAGCUUACUAGAAAGGGGAGAGAGGAAAUGCACAGUUUGUUACUCUGACUCUGGGUCCUCUUUACAGCUGGAAUUAUUUUCUAGGGCUCUACAUAGAAAUAGAAACUGGUUGCAGACACUCUCCCGGUCUGAAUUCCAGCAUUAAGGUGCUUGAAAUUUUUCUAAGAAUUUACUAAAUUUUUUUCAGAUCAAGGGAUACCAAUUGCUGCUACUGCAAGUAGAAACAGGGAUUAUGAGUAACGCAGCAUCUGGAAUGUUAAUUAGCCCCAUAUUUUAGGGCAGUAUUACAGUGGGAUUGAGGUGGAGUGAAGUCAGUGGCUACAUUACAUUUUUAUUUCUGUUAAGGUGGCUUUUCUAUUGUCCAAAUAAUUUUUGCUCUCUAAGGUGUAUUUACAGUAGUACUAAGUGGUGGUUCAGUGUGUGACCAAAAUAUGUGAAGUCUAGAAGAGUUUGUCUGUUACAUAGGAGUUAGUGUCCAAAUACAACAGUGAAUGGUUGUGUGGGAGCACAUCACCUGUAUUUGAGGUGAUACUGUCAGGAAUGGUGAGUGCUUCUUGCAUUUCUUAAGUGAUUUUUUUUCUUGGAGCUAAGGAAACAUAUAUAUAGAUACACCCAUGAAGGUAGUGCUUGGAAAAUAUGGUGGCAUAAAUUAAAACUUCAUUAUAAGUGUACUGGAUAUAUUUACUUAGUUCUGUACUUAAAGUAGCCCAGAGAUACUUUUCAAGAGCAAUAGGAAACAUUCUUCUUAGUUUGUAUGCUUCUAAGUAGUACACAGAGUUUGUGCCUUAAUUUGCUAGUGUGCUAAUGCAAGUGCAAGUGUACUAAGAUUUAAGGAAUGUUUCACAAUCAUUUGGAAAAAUCCAAGAUUCACCCUACUGCGUGUCCUUAUGUAUGCAUCACUAAAGUCUGCAAGUAAGGAUAACAGUAUCUUCUCUGUCAGCAUUCAUAGCUUUUCUGGAAAGUUAAUGUUCUUCUUCUGUUAAAGAGAUGGACUGUUGCUCUGCCAUAUGACCUCUUGACAGCACAGAAAUAGUGCUUUAUUUUUAUCAAAUAAAAUACUCUUUUCUUUUUCUCAAAUUAACCAGUCACUAUCCUGACUCUCACAGAAAGAUAAAAAUUGGACUAAUAUUUUAUUCUGAAGUAGUUAACCUCUGUAGUUUGUAUCGCACUUCUGUUUAAAUUUAAAGCCUUUUUAAAGUCUGGGAUUUCUACAGCAUUAAGAAAAAUUAUUACUAUUCCUCAAGUAGGCAUCAGUUCAGUUCAAAACUAGUAACACUGGGGCAAUACCAGAAUGAGUUUAUGGGUAUAGAAUAAAUUUCAGCACAGGUACUUGUCUCUUCAAUUAUUGAAACUGUUUUCGUAUCAUUAAUUUGGCAGUUUGUGGCAGAGCUUUUUCAUCACAUCUCGCUUGUAAAUGUUGAAACUAUACAAUUUAGGAAGUGAAAUCCAUACCUAUGUGUCAUACUGGUUUUAUGUUUUUGUGGACUUUCUCACAGGAGAAUUCACAAGCAAGCCUGCCAUGACUUGAAAUUUAAAAGGAAGACUUGCUAUUUAAGGAGCAAAGCUGCCAUAUCUGCUAUCCAUGAUCUUCUGAUUACUUAGUCUUGCAUUAGGUAGCCACAUGCUGGUCACUUGGCUCAUGGACUGUGUUUAUUGUAGAGAACUUACAAAGAAGUUAAGAUACAGUCUCUUUUGCAAGUAUGCAUUUCAGGAUAGGUUCUUAUACUGGCACUAUCCCAACCGGGGGGACCCUGAGGGAAUCCUGAAUUUUUGUACAUUGUUAAACAGGAGAAAUUGGAUACUGUUAACCCCAGCUUGUUACAUGAGAGGGGAUUCAACAGGUUAUCUUUUGAUUUCAUGUUUUUUCCUAGGAAUUGCAUUCAUCUGUUUAAGAACAUUGCUUUGAGGGCAAAAAGUGCAUCCUGAGUUUGUUUUCACUAGAAAAUAAGCACAUACUCACUUUGAAGUCCAGUCAUCAGUGAAAUCAUAAGGAUUCCCACGUCUUUUAUUUUAUGGAAAGUAAAUUAGUGAAAAGUGUCUUACUGAAAACAAACCUUGUUUCAGCAAAGGGUGAUCUUGUAGAUUUAGCAUCCCACCAAGGCAUUAUCUUAGAAAUGUACAUUUUCAUUAGUUUUUAUGAAAACCAAUCAGUGAACUUUUUCAUUUAUCAACUACAGUUAUAUUGCAUUUCUUCUUAACAAAAAUAUGCCUUUUUGCAGAGUUUCCUAAAAUUUUUUUGGAAGUUGUUACUGGGACAGGCAUCACCACGAGGCUAUUCAGUAAGAACUGCAGUUUGCAAAGCCAGUUCUUACUGAUGAGAAACAGAAAACUGGUUAAGGAGAUAUUAGGUUAUUCAUACUUUUUUCAUCCAUGUCUUUGACCACCUGUUAUGCUUACUUAAAUCCUAUAAGCACAUCAUUAAAACUAUAUAUGAAGUUACCUUCUGGUUAUUUCUUAUAAGUAUGUUGUUAUCCCUUUUGAACCCAUUGUAGAGAAAAAAGGAGAAAAACCCCAGUUUUCUGAGGUUACAGGGUAACAAACUGUCAGAAGCAUUUAAAAAAGGCCCCCUACCUUCCAAAUUUUCCCAGAUAUGCUACUGCACAAAUAUUAACAGUAGUAAUUAAAUACUAACCCUAUUUCCAGUAUUCUUGCUGUCAUAUCCUGUAAAUGUCAGUGCUACUGAUGGACUUGAGAGAGUGCAAUAUUUGAAGAUCUAAGUUAGUGUGUAAAUAGUGUCAUCAAACAUGAUAUUCAAGAGCAGCAGUUCCAAAAAUGGCUGAUUGUCACAAAUGAUAACUCAUAAAGAUGAAAUAAAAAGAAAGAGGCUAACUGAGAUAAUCCACUUUCUGUAACAACUGUCCUGUUUGAAGGUAGUAGAAAUGUUUGUUAUGCCAGUGCACUUGUAUUCGUAACCUUUUUAUGGCCAAGCAUAAAAUAGUUUGCUAUUAAAAGAACAGGUUUUUUUUUCCCCUAAAGCACAAAAGGACUUGGGAUAUUAUUGAAACCAUUCUUGCUGCAAGUCAAUCAAGAAUACCCCUGCUACCCACCAAGUUACAUGUUUUUUUCCUCUUAAAAUCAUUCUCAUGCAAUCCUUCACUUUCAGUAAUACACGACUUCAAUUAGUAAUGAGAUAGCACAGGACAAGUCCAGUGUUGCUGAAGGUCCAAACAACCAUCAGUUUUUAAGAGAGAUGUAGUAAAUUUGAAACAUCAGCCCUAUUAAAAAUGUUAUCUUCCAGUUUCCUUCUGCAGAUGUACUGAAAAAAAAAACAACAACCAAAAACAAAACAGCAAAAAACCAGUCUUUAAAAAAUCAUCAGUAAGAACUUACUAGGAAAAUGCAUCAACCUCAGAAAUCUAUCAAGUUUAUGAGUAGCUAUCCCCUGGGAUAGUUUCCCAUCCUAAUUAAAUAAAUAAGGUUCAAAAGUGGAAAACUCCAACUUGAAACAGAAGAAUCCUUUCACUAGUCACAUUAUGAAGUCUUAAGUAUUGCUACCAUUUCUUUCCUCAAAGUGAUAAUUUACCUGUGAUCUCCAGCUCUUAGACACUUUUCAGAAUUGCAUAUUAGUGCAUUUUUAAUACCCAGCUUUACUUUUAGACCAAAGAAGGGAAGACUGUCCUUGAAAAUCCAGCAAGAUCUGCCUGGUAGCUCCCAUGUUUUUGGUAGUGUCCAUGUUCAGUUAUCAGAGUAAUUGUGUUCAUUAUAAUAAGCACCACAUAGAACAAGAGCUGGAAGCCAGAUAUUGUCUUUAAAUCAGCAGCUAAUACCCCUGAAUUUCACAGCUUUGGCUCCAAAGUCCAAUUUGAUUUUGGUUCUCUGUCAAAUAUGCAAAAGCAAUCCCUAUGUUUCAGUCUUACUACUGAUCUAUAAAACAGAAGGGUUCAGAAAUGUAUUUACUGUUCUCUCCAAGGAAAUACUAUCUUCACCACCAGCCCUAAGUUACGAUUAUGUCCCUGUUAUGUCCCUCUGACACUUUGAUAUAAAAUUUCAACUGGAAUAUAUGUCCAGCUAUGAAACUUGGGUGUUAACUCUGAGUUGUUUAAUUUUCAGGCAGUUCUAUAUUAUUGCCUGGUUUAGAACACCAUUUUCUCAGGCAUCACCUAGGCAAGACUUAAAUUAGAAUUUUCAGAUGUUUUGGUUGGGGUUUUUUUGUGAGGUAAAAGACUAAUUAGAUCACCAGCUACAAGCAUUGUUAUUUUGCAGCUGUUUCAGAUUAUAGCUAUGAGAGAGUAGUUCUUUUAUAGAUCUUGGAUAUGUGUGCCUUCUUUAAAUCCAAAACUGUUAGCCAUACUUACAAAAAAUGGAUAAAUAAAGCCCUCAAAUAUAGUUGACUGAGGUCAUAAAUUGAAAACAUAGAAGAGCCAUGAACUACAAUCUUUCUUCCCAGGAUGGAAUGCUCUGUAAAUAAAACUUGUGAUAACUGGUUUUGUGUUUAUAGAUAAGUAUGGCCUGUGAACCAGUAUGCUAGCCUAGGAUUCACACUGAGCAAAGAAGGCUUGGAAAAAAUCCUAAAUUUCUACUAUUUGGAAGCAUCAUCUAGUUUUAGAAAUACAGGUAUUUAUAGAUAAGUACAUAACUUAAGCUCUGUGAGUACAGUAAGUGAGCCAGGCAUUGAAACUCUUCAUCAGUGUAAAGGAAUUAGGCUUUUUAAAAGAAAAGUCAGAUAGAUCAGUGAUUCCUUCUAGAUUACAGAUGUUGGAAGUAUGAGCCAGAAGUUUCCAUUGCUAAAACAAAAAGAUCUGCAGUCCUGUCUUUAUAUGUAGUUAGGUCAGUUUUUCUCAAUAUAUGAAGAAUUCUAUAAUUGUUAAAUGCAGUAGUAAUACAAAAUUCUUAGAUUACUGAUAUGUAAACUGCUUCACUCUGAGAUAUUGUUUCAAUUCUUAAAGAAUCUUUCUAUACUUGAAAUUGAGAGGGCUGCAGUAAACCUACACUUCUGGCUGAGCUCUGCUGUUGUAUCUCCCAAACAUUUCCUAAUUCUGAUGGCUCCAUGUACCACAGAUGGUGCCCUUUCACUUACCAAGAAAGUUAUGCUUGUGACAGAAAAGUCCAAAUAUAGUCCUGCUUUUGUUUGGCUCAGAAAUAAUCUGGGGAUUUUACACAUUGAUCCCUAUGGCAAUGUGUUUGUAUGAAAAUUGAAGUAACCAUGAAACCAGGUGAAGCUUAUCAUUCAAAUCAUGUUUUUAAUCAGGUUGCAGACCCUAACUAUAUUGUGAAUUGUCCGCAUCAUAAAAGACAUCAGUAGAACAACAGUCUUGACUGCCUAAUUUACGAUACAGAACAUCCUGCUCCACCAAGGGAACAAUAUAAAGCUAAAUAUGCUCCUUGAGACAGGAAUCAUUUUGCUGUCAGACCAGAUCUGAACAGUGCCUUUAAAGUUAACAGCAGUGACUUAAUUCCAACUAAGCUUUGUUGGGAACUUCCUUCUUCUUAACAGACGUUUCCAGAUAGUGUUAAUUUUCAUUAUUGUCGUCCAUGUUGCUUUCAGAAAUUUGAGUUCUUUAUAUCAUACAAUAUUUACUUAUACUGGUAAUUAUACACAACCACCCCACUCACACACCAUGAAGUGCUGAGACCUGCAACUUCAGGAGAUAAAGCAUUGUUGCUAUGUCCGUACAGGGAACUGAUCUUUCACUAGGUCUCAACUGACAUGGCUUGACGUGUCUGUGUUUGUUUCAACUGUUAAUUGUACCAUUACCUGUAAGUGACAAGUUAACUUGUUUUUCCACCAAGCUUCCCAUCUAAUUUUCACUAGAGUGCUAAAAACAUUAAUAGGGAAAAAAAUAAUGGUAUAGGCUCAUCACUCAGGACACAAAAGGCAGACAGAUUUCUACAGAGAAAUUCUGAGGAGUGAAAACCAACAGUAAACACCUGCCUUGUCCCUUCUGUUAAAGGACUGUGUAGUUGCAUGUGUGGUCAGAUGACUUCCAGAGAAAAAACUUGGACUAGGAUUGGUAGGACUGCUGUUUUUGAAGUUGCAUGUGUUACUUUUCCUUUGUGUAGCUGGAGGCAGCUGGAAACAGAGGAGGGGUGUUGGGGAAGGAGAGAAAUUCGGUUCACUGCCAUCACAAGCAAAACUUUUGACACCAGUAGCCUUUAGUGGGCACAGAUACAUGUGCAAAUGUGUUCAGAUAUCUAUUGAAUUUUGUGCCAAAGUAUGCACCAGCAAGUUUAAUGUCAGGUAAAGCACCUUUUAUGCUCUUUGUUGUUUAAAAAUAAUAUACUUGUGAAACAGAACGAUAAUAUGUAACACUGGAAAUGGGUGCUUCUUCCCUAAAGUACACAUGUUAAAAAAGGGGGGGAAAAAAAAGGAAACAGCAUUUGUGAGUUUAUCUGGCUUUUAAUCAAGUCUGAAAGUGAUAACUGUGUAAUACUGUUGCCAGUUGUCUGUCCUUUAUAAUUUUAAAUAGAUCUGCAUUUUAACUUUAUUUAUUUGCCAAUUUUUUAUAUACUUUAAAGUUACAUUAAGAACUCAAGCCAACUUUUCAUUCUCCUAGACUGUUAUAUAACAGAUUUUCAGUAUUCUUGUAAACUGCAGGCCUUUUUUGAACGGUCCUUUGUCUUCUCCUUUGGACCAGUUACCACUAAUGAGUCUGCAGUUCCCUUUUUACUGUACUCUUCCAAUAAAUGUAAAAUAUUUGUAUCAA